AUGGGAAGCUUGUACCGAGACUUCGUGGCAGCCACCCAGCUGGCGCUGGACAAAGCCAUCACCACCUACCAGGAUUACUUUCCUCAUGAGGCUCCCGAGCCAGACCUGAAGGGUUUAUUUCCCGUCGGUGUCAGCACCAUGAUCAUGAAAGAGGAGAACCUGUGCCACAAUGCGCUAUGCCGCCUCGAAGUUGCCAGAAGCAAGGGAGGCGACUAUGCUUUCGCUGUCGACAGGAAUGGCUUUCAUUGGAAAUGCGUGAACCGCAUGCAGAUCAAUGACGAAUCUGGCCGAUACGAGAAUUGGGCAUGCAUACCGCUCGCGUGCUUCAAGAAAGAAGGUACGAUCCUGGGAGGCUUCAAGUUCGAAGAGAAUUGCAAGAAACCUGCAGUGAUCGUCAAUGACGACGGCGCCGUCGUCGAAGAGGCACCAGAAGAAGCAGAGGAGUAUCCUCCGAUUGAGCUGUUGAAGGCCCCGCUGCGGCCUGAUGAGAUGGCUGUCCCAUCAUCGCUUCUCGUCUUGCCGCCCUGGUGGAACAGCCGGCCGAUCAACUUAGUCAUGAACAGACCGAGGAAAUUUCUCCGAAGAGGGCGGCAAGGUGAGAGUCGUCGUGACCAACACUUUCUGUAG